AUGAUUACCGGAGGCACGGUGGUUCUGCCCACCGAGGCAGCGUUGGUGGACAUAGGUAUUCAGGAUGGGCGCAUCGCCGCCAUCGCGGCGCCUGGCACCCUGACCGAUGAUGCGGCGCGCACGCUGGACGCGUCCGGGCGCAUCAUUACGCCUGGCGGCAUCGAACCACACAUCCACGCGGCGGCCAACGUGCAGGCGGGCGCCCAUCAACUCGUGGCCGGCGUUCCCAACGCUGGGCCGCUGGAACAUUCUUUGGGAGCCAUUUGGGGAGGAACCACCACCGUGGUGGAUUUCGCGCCGGCGCCCAGGGAAGGGGACCUGGUAGGCGGCGUCCACGAUUUUCUCAGUGUCUGGAACGACAACGCUUACACCGACUAUUCGGCCCACAUCAUAUAUUCCAGCCGCAACUCCCCGGACAGUAUUGCUCGGGUCGGUGAGCUGAUUGAGAACGAAUUUCCCAGUGUCAAAAUUUUCACCACCAACAUUCGUCCCCCUACAGACCCACCACUGACGCUGACUCCAGUUGCCCGCAUCGAUUCGGGCCGGCUGUCAGACCUUGCGGGUCAGUUGGCCCGGCAUGAUGGUGUCCUGGCUGUGCACGCCGAGGACGACGAAAUCGUGAUGUACAACUACCUGCUGGCUCAGCAGAGAGGUAUUUGGGACUGGUACAACGUGCACCUGAUUCACUCCAAAGAGGUGGAGGACCUGGCGUUUCGCGACACAAUCCGUAUCGCCGAGCAAAAAGGCGCUGGCAUGUACUUCGUGCACGUGACCGGCAGCGACGGGGUCAACGCCGUCGCCGAAGCCCGGAGCCGUGGCUUGCCGGUGUACGGUGAGGUUCUCACGCUGGCCCUGUCGUUCAAUUGCUGGCAGUAUCGGGAACCCGAUGGGAUGAAGUACCACACCUACCCAUCGCUAAAGUAUCCUGAAGACGGCAGUGAACUGUGGUCCGGUUUGUUGGAGCACAACCUGACAUUCACCGGCACUGACAGCAGCUUCACGACCUACCUGGACAAAACGGCCGGGCGCAACGUCCAGGACGUGCGCGGCGGCAACAUCGGUAUCGAAAUCCGCAUGGGAGUCAACUAUUCCGAGGCCGUGGUGAAGCGCGGCAUGUCCCUUACGCAGUUCGCCAACAUCACGUCCACGAAUGCAGCCCGCCUGUUGGGGAUGUACCCUCGAAAAGGCGUUAUCGCGCCGGGCAGCGACGCCGAUCUGGCCAUCAUAGAUCCCACGUUCCACAAGCAGUUAACCAUGGAUGAUCUGCAUAUCCGCGACUACAGCCCGUGGGAAGGUUGGGAUGUUCGCGGUUGGCCAACCACGGUCAUAUUGAGGGGCAAGGUGAUGGUGGACAACGGCGAAUUGCUGGGCGCUCCAACCGACGGCCAACUGGUUCGGCGGCGCAUCGAUCCGGCGGUAUUGCGGCGCCCGGCGUUCUAA